AUGACUACAAUUAGACAGGACUUAAUUCAAAGACUGUAAACUUACAAGAAUCAACUGUACUAUAAAUAGAUUGCAUAUUUAAGACCAUUGCAAAAUCAUCUAGAAUUACAAAAAGUUGAGUUUACUAUUGUAAAAUAAAUGCAAUUUCUUAUUCUCUAGUCUUAAGUUGUCAACUAAUAGAGAAAAAAGUCUUAAAAUUAAUAAACUUUCUACAAAUUGAAAAGUUUAAUUACAAGCCAUCGGAAAAGACUCAUUGAUAGUUUCUAGAGAGCAGAGAUAGCAACUAAUGUACUAUGAGUAAAGUAAUGUAUGAAAUGAUCAUAAAACAAUUAAGAGAAUAGAAAUAUCAUUUUGUAUGAAUGCUUAAUACUUUAUUCGUUAGAAGAUAGGUAUUAUGCUAUACACUUAAGAUAUUAGUCAAAUUCACUCUCGAGAAUAAUAUCUAUAAAAAAACAUCAACUUUUAAAAAUUGUUUUCCAAACUAAACAAUAAUUUACACCUUGUUUUCAAUUACAAAGUGUUUCAAUUAUACAUACAAUGUAUAUAAUUAGGAUAUUUGACAAAUUAGAAAAAAUCUUAACCUCAAAAAAACAUAUACUAAAUAUAUAAUUAGGAUAAAAAUAGAACAUUGUUAUUACAUACAUACAAUCAAUUAAUAUGAUUUAAAUUAUCUUAUUGGACUUUAACCAAUAAUUUAUAAACCAAUUAAUCUAAACAAAUCUUGAUUAUAUUUAAUUUAUGAUUUAAACUUAAGCCCAUCUUCCCAAAGAAUGGAUCGAUUUCUUAGAAAAAAUCAAAAACUUAGACCCAAUUGAUAUAGAAACAGUAACAUAAUAUGUAAAAGUGCGUGUCAACCACUUUCCAACCGAUUAAUAAAUGACAGAAUACUAUGAAGAAGUAUUUUCAAAGUAAUAUAUUGAUAUUAAUUUAUUAGAUCCACUAGCGAUGUAAACAGAAAAAAAUGGCAUUAACAAGACAAAAAUUUACUUAUAUGGUGUAUGACGAAGCAUUUAAUGUCAUAGAAUCGCUCAGAACUCAUUCCUGUAAUAGUUUUAUAUAUUAUUUAAGAAUGAUAAUGAUUGGGAUUAUGUAUCAAAAAUUCUGGGUGUUGAUAAAAAUUUAGUUGAAUUAAAAUGGAUAUCUCUUCUUCAUUCUAAUUUAAAAAUUAGUCCCUGGUCUAAAGAAGAAGAUUAAAUACUGAUUAACAUUGCAAAGUAUCCUUUUAUAUUUAUAAUUAAGUGAUCAUUAUUAUAAAAACAAUUGGACUGAAUUGACUAUUUAAUUCAAUUCUAUAUCUUCUACACAGAGAUAUCCAAAAUAAAUAAGAGAACGUUGGAAUAAUGUGCUGAAUCCAAAUAUUUCUAGAUCUACCUGGACUAAAGAAGAAAAAAUUAAAUUACUUCAAUUGAUUUUGAAUUAUGGUAAAAAAUGGUCCAAAAUCUAAGGUGAAUUAAAUGGAAGAAGUGAAAAUUAAAUUAAAAAUUAAUACAAUGGAAUUAUAAGAAAUUUAAAAAGAUUUAAUGUAAUUAUUUAUAUCUAAUCAGUAGGUUUAAGAAAGUGAAGAAAGAUUAUUGAUCAAAGCUAUAAUAGAAAAUCCAGAUUAGAAAUUAAGUUUGACAGUUACAUAAUUCAUGUCAGACUUCUUAGCCAAAAAAGAAUCAUCAAAAAUUGUAGAACCUCCAUAAAUUAAUUAAAUCACUGAAUCAUAAAUCCAAAAGAAACCCUAUAUUGAUACAUCUUCUUUAGAAACUGGAAUUACUGCAACAAGUACUAUUAAUAUUUAUAAAAGAUAUUUUAUUAUAAGAAAAAUUGAAUUAAUGUAAAGAGGUGUAAUAGUAGAUGAUGUAAACAUCUAUUUAAUAAAACUAAUAUUUUCCUACUCCUUAAUAAUAACACUAUUCAUCUACACCAUUACAAUAUAAUCAGUAUUAUUACAAUAAUAAUAAUACUUAUUAUCCAAAUUACCAUUAAUAAAAUUAACAAUACUUAAACUACCCUAAUUAUAAUUAAGUAUAAUUGUAACCGUCAUAUUAGUAAUAUCAUUAUGGGUAUUAUUAAUGA